GAAUAAUUAUCUAAGGUGCUUAGAGUAUGGUCUAACACUAGUUAUGAUUUUUUAUUAUGUUAGUAAAGAAAAUUUAGAAAGCUGGAGUUACACGAAGAAAAAUAUCAAGUGUUAUUUUUAAAAUUAAUUAUCUGUGAUCACUUUGCUGUGUCAGACGCAACACGACGUGUAUUCCUUGAGAUUUUGGCCGUCAUUUUGUUAGAUUUGUGUAUUUUGUCGGCAGUUUUAUGUGAUUAAUCAUUAAAAAUGGCGAAAUUGGUUGAUAUAUACAACAGCGAAAAAGAACCUGUUAUAAAGCGGCGACAAUUACCGUUAAUAAUCUACGAAAAUCUUACUAUGAUCAUGGAUUUGAACACAAUGGGUCUGAUAUGUGACAAUCCCCAAGUGAAGGGACGAGAAUAUGAGGAGUUUAUGCGCAAAUACAGAAUACUAACAACGGAUGAGCUCAAAGCAGCACUGAGAGUAGAUGCUUCAGAUAUCUUCAAUGUAUUAAAUCAAAGCAUUCCUUGUGUAGGCUGUCGAAGAAGUGUGGAACGCCUUUUUUAUCAGCUAUGUAAAUCAGGACACCCCACAUUAGAUCCAUUGGUUCUCACGCCUGAUGAAAUAAUGACCAUUAGAGAAGAUAAAAUAACCCAUCCACAGUCACUAGCCACAUUGCUCAAUGGACACAGCACGGGUAUCGAGUGCCUGAUCCUGAGCCAGCCGCGAUGGAAGAAGUCGCAGCGGUGCAUCCUGCACUCGCUGGAGGCGGGCACGGCGCGCGGCUGGGGCGCGGGCGGCGGCGGCGGCGGCGCGUGCGGCUGGGGCUGGGGCGCGUGGGGCUGGGGCGGGCGCGCGGCGUGGCGCGCCGCCUGGGACGCCAUGCGCGCCUCCGCACGCGAGCACGUCACGCUCGUGCACUUCAACACGCUGCACGACACGCUGCACAACUACCUCAGGAAGCAUCGCUUCUGCGCAGAUUGUAAAACUAAGGUAUUGCGCGCAUAUCAACUUCUAGUGGAAGAGAAAGAGCCCCAGAAAGAGAAGGGGUACGUGGGAGCACUUUACAGUGGCAUAAAGAGAUGUCUGUUAGACAAACAUCUGCACUUGCAAGCUAAGACUGAUUAUAUCACACACCUGAUCGGCAGAGCGGAACCCGAACUCCUCGGCAACCACAGGGAGAGACACGCUAAGACCUUAGAAAUCGCACAAGAAGAGGUGCUGAUUUGCCUUGGUAUAUGUAUUUAUGAGCGCCUCCAACGCAUUUCCCUGCGACUGCGCGAAGAGGAGGGCACGUGUCAGACGCUGGCAGCGGUCGCAGUGGAGGCACUGUACCGCAAGUUCGAAACAGCCGUCGAACACAAAAGUGGAGUUUCCAAACUACAACUGUUGUAUGAUGAAAUCACACAGGAAGAACUGACUAGGCAACAAAGAAAAGAACAAAAGAAACUCAAACGGCGUAAGAAGAAGGAGCGACAGGCCGUCGAGAGCAAAUGCAAGGAAGCUGAUUCCGAAGAGCCGGAUGAAAAGUGCCAAUGUGAAGAAUGCUUAUUAGAGGAGCGCGACACGCCGACUGAUUUGUUAUCACCGCGCGACUACAAUCAGUGUUUCGAGGCGAGUGGAGACGGGUGUCAAUCGUGCCAAGACGAUUCGACAGACAAACGUCGCUCGCCUAAUAAAACAAGUAAAAAACGAGCCAAAAACGGAAACAUCUCGCCCAACGAUCACACCCAGGACUGUGGAUACUCUUCAGGGAACAAUGGUGGAUGUUGUGAGACAAUGUCGGGCUCCUCUUCACUUAUGAGUUCCCCAGAAGGUUCCGAGGUGGCGUGUUCCGAAGGAUUUUGCAACCACGAAAGGGGCGACUGUUUAGACUUGGUUAAAAAUGACAAAACCUCUUGCACGGGUUUCACACUUUCACUACAAGAAAUGUUAAUGGACACGUGUUCAUCGGACGAGGAAGAAGAUACCAGUUAUAUACCUAUAGAAGAAGUAAUGGAAUUCAAAUCACGCAGAAAUAUAACAGAAAAAAGACAAGAGUUACGACAAAAUCUUCGGCAGAAAUUCGCUCAACUGUGCGUGAACACGCCGCAGUCGCCGGCCGCGGCGCCGGGCCGCGACAAGCGCGUGGCCUAACUCACUGCGCGCCACCUCAUUCAACUGCACCUUGAGAAAUUAUAGUCAUUUUAAUCCAAAAGGCACAGACGUAAUUGCUUUUAUGAUCAGUAGUUGAACAGUAAAUGUCUCAUACGUAUUUCAAUAUUCAGAUAUAAAUAGUAGUUCUCCCGUGAGAGAAUAUCCAUGUUAGUUCAAUUUCAGUAAGGAUCAAUAGAUAAUCAAAUCCUAUUUGAAAUUAUGUAGUCAAAUUCAUAAACCAGGGCGGUUUGAGUGUUUCAUUACUAGCAAAAAAAAUUCGUACACAUCUAAUUACAAUAAUUUUUAACAGUGUAUUGGUGUUUGGCAAAAAAACAUAUAUAAUUCAAUUUGUGUUCUGAUGUCUUUUAAUGAGAUUCAUUGCAGUGUUUUGAGACUUUUGUUGGCCUAUUCUGAUAAUCGAGUUAGCUAUCCACCUGUUCUGAUAUUAAUGUAAUUGGAUUCAACAAAUUAUUUAGUCUCUGGAAGUUUUUUUGUCAAGGUGUUGAUUAUUUUUAAACAUAAUUAUAUUCAUAUAUGUAUUUUUAUCUAAAAUAUUAAAGAAUAUUUUAUUAUAUUGUAACCAGUGUCAAAUGAAUAUAAUCAAGUGCAAGUUUGAAUGGUUCAAUCAAUUUCAAUAAUACAUUUGACUGGAUAGACCCAGCAUUUUAAUAUAUUUACUAUUUAAAAUGUUAGAAAAAGCUUAGCAAUGAAAUGUUUAAAGUAGCAUUUUUUGAUCAAAUUAUUUUAUUUUCAUGCUUUACGUGAUUCAAUAUUGUGAUGAAUUAUUGCUUGUUAUCAGAAGCUUAAGACAGCAUGAGGUUGGGAGUUACCUUGGCUAUUUGCCACUGUUGUUAAAGUCGGAAAACAUUUGUAACUCAGUUUUAAAUAUACUAUAUAAUACAGUGAAAAA